AUGGCUGGCGUCGAACUCCCCUCGGAUCCGUUCAACCCGCCUCGUAACGUCCUUGACACCGACGAGGUGUUUCCUCUCGCCACGGUUGUCACGCAAAGUAUGGACGGGAACCUGAAGUACACCUACGCGAAGGAGCGCGGCGGAAAGUACACCAUACAGGUUGCCCACAGUCCAGCGCUCGACUUCUCGUUCGAUGCGAGUACAUACAAACAAAUAACCGAAUCGGACUUCCCCGCGGGUGUAAUUGCGACGUUUUUCACCGCUGACGGGUACAAGAUCGAAUAUGUGAAGGGCAAUGACAAGGUGGGGAGGAAGUGGCUAUUCAUGUCUCGGAUUCCGAACAACCACAAUGCUGCCGGAGACGACACCUCGCCCAACGUCAAUGGCCCAGAUCGUCGCAUUGAGGUCCUUUACCAGACUCCUUACAACGGAGAUAAAGAACCAUACCAUCCCCCUGUCUACUACCGUGACAUUCGGCUGUCCGAUAUCUUGACGGACACGGCCGUAGUCGACAACUAUGGGGGCCCUGCGUAUGAUAGCUCGAUAGUAGGCAGCCAGAAGCUUUCAUUGCGGCUGCAGAAGGAAGCCGAAGCAAAGGGCACACCUCUGUCCGGACGGGAUGGCUCGAGCGUCCAGUUUGACCGUCUGGUCCUGAUGAGCGUCGCCUUCCCCUCCAAGGGUUCCAUCCAGCCCGAAAUCGGGGUUAUCUACGGGUAG